GCCCAAACUCGUCGGUUGGAAAAAAUUGCGGUGAACAACUUCAGCCGUUUCGAGGGUUCUCGGCCUCUUUUCUUACAACAAACGAGCAAAGCACAUGUCCUCGAAGAGAAGCGAUGUCAUCGAAAUUUCUUGACAUUCUUAACUCUCGUGCCCCUCCAUAGACCUAGCCAUCUGCCUGCCUUUGUAAAGCACAAUCUCACCAGGGUUGACCCCUGCCAAACGAGUUGCCUCGCACCAGCACCCACCGCCUCCUUCCGGCAUCGGCUUUUACACUCGGUCUCCGAUGUUGUCCUGACGCCAUUUUAUCAAACAGCUAUUUAAUUGCUCACCCCCGCAUCGUUUUGCCUCGCUUCCUCGAGCAAGUGCGACAGGUAGCCGGCUCUAUUCUCUGCUUAUUCGGGUGAGCGAGGGCCAGUCAGGACAGUGCUGAACGGGUCUCCGACGGGAGUCUAUUCACCGUCCUGCACUGGCUCGGUAUCGCGAUAGCUCGGCUCAAAUCAUGAUCGAUUCACCCGCCUCGGCAAUGGAUAUUCCGCACCAUGAGCCGCCUGUGACGCUGCGAAGCCAAACCGCCGCCAUUGAAGCCGUGGAGGAUAUUGUUUAUGGAUCGACGGCGGGCAUCGUCGGAAAAUACAUCGAAUACCCCUUCGACACGGUCAAAGUCCGACUUCAGUCGCAACCCGAUAACCUUCCCCUCCGCUACAAGGGUCCCAUUGACUGCUUCCGCCAGUCUCUCAAAGCCGAUGGCUUCGUGGGCCUUUACCGUGGCAUCACCGCCCCGCUGGUGGGCGCCGCUGCCGAGACGAGCAGUCUAUUCUUUUUCGAACGCCUCGGCCGCGAGCUCAUCUAUUCGUCUGGCCUUGUCUCCCGCGACCAGUUCCUCUCCCUCCCGACGCUAUACUUCACGGGCGCCUUUUCCGGCUUUUUCACCUCGUACGUGCUGACGCCGAUUGAGCUGGUCAAAUGCAAGAUCCAGGCGCCCGCCUCUGCCGACGGCUCGGCCCCGCCCCCGCUCAAGCCCGGGGCCGUCAUCCGCGACGUAUACCGCCACCACGGCAUCAAGGGGUUUUGGCACGGCCAGAUGGGGACUCUGAUUCGGGAAUCUGGAGGCAGCGCGGCGUGGUUCGGCGGCAAAGAAACGGUCACCAAGAUGUUUCACGCCCUCAACGCCCGGACCGUGAACACGAAGGCCGAGAAAGACACUCUCGCUGCCCAGCCCCUCCCGCUAUGGCAGCAGGCUUUGGCUGGCGCGUCUGCUGGAGUGUCCUACAACUUUCUCUUUUUCCCGGCCGACACGAUCAAGUCGCGCCUGCAGACCAUGGCGAUUGGAGAGUCCGUCAAGGAUAGGACGUUCCUGAAAGAGGGCAUCGCCAUCUGGAAACGGUACGGGGCUGCGGGGCUGUACAGGGGUUGCGGAAUUACGUGUCUGCGAUCGGCUCCUAGUUCAGCAUUCAUAUUCAUGGUUUUCGAUGGGCUGAAGACUUUUUUACCCAUGCAAUAACGGAUCUAAAUGUCAAGCAGAAAGGGAUAUGACCAGGUGAAAGCAGAGAGGGUGGCGAUGGUGGACAGAGUCGGGGCAGUCGUUACAUGCAUCAACUGGCGUUCGGUAUCUUCAUGGUAGGGGUGGUUUUGUGGACUUGAAGUCUUGUGUCACUUGGUUGCAAGGUGAUUAUAGAAUCUGAUGGCAUUUGCACAAAAAUAUAGGUACACGAAUGGCUUCAUUCUUGUCACUUUCAUAGUGCAUCUCACCAUGUCAUGACUGAGAUGCAUUCGACCAAAGUGAACCAUCCGUCUUCAACAAGCUUACCCUCGAUGGCUCAACCCCUUUCCCUUGUACUGUAGAGACACAUGUGAGCACUCGGGAUAUCGCAACUCCAUCGACCGGACAUUCUACUGUUCCUUCGCUUUCCCCUUCCCCUU